UCCUUUCCUCUUCUUUUACACCCACCCCUUCAACCCUUUUCCUCCACUCACCAACAACUACUCCUUCCACCACCCACCCCCGUCGGUUCACUGUCCGCGCUGCACGUGGCAAAUUCGAGCGUAAAAAACCCCACGUCAACAUUGGUACAAUUGGCCACGUUGACCAUGGAAAGACCACACUCACAGCUGCUUUGACCAUGGCGCUUGCCUCUAUGGGCAACUCCGCCCCCAAGAAAUAUGACGAAAUUGAUGCUGCCCCUGAAGAAAGGGCGCGUGGUAUUACUAUCAACACUGCCACUGUGGAAUAUGAAACGGAAAACAGACAUUAUGCCCACGUGGACUGCCCGGGGCAUGCUGAUUAUGUCAAGAACAUGAUUACUGGUGCUGCCCAAAUGGAUGGGGCAAUUCUUGUUGUGUCAGGUGCUGAUGGCCCAAUGCCACAGACUAAAGAGCAUAUUUUGUUAGCUAAGCAAGUUGGGGUCCCUAAUAUGGUUGUUUUCUUGAACAAACAAGACCAAGUUGAUGAUGAGGAGUUACUUGAGCUUGUUGAGUUGGAGGUAAGAGAAUUAUUGUCAAGUUAUGAGUUCCCUGGUGAUGAAAUUCCUAUUAUUUCUGGUUCUGCACUUUUAGCUUUAGAGGCUUUGAUGGCUAAUCCUAGUAUUAAAAGGGGUGAAAAUCAAUGGGUUGAUAAGAUUUAUCAAUUGAUGGAUAAUGUUGAUGAAUAUAUCCCUAUCCCACAAAGACAAACUGAAUUGCCUUUCUUGAUGGCUAUUGAGGAUGUUUUCUCGAUCACCGGUAGAGGUACUGUGGCGACGGGGAGAGUAGAGAGAGGGACUGUUAAGGUUGGGGAAAUUGUUGAUAUAGUUGGAUUGAAGGAUACUAGGAAUACUACAGUGACAGGGGUUGAGAUGUUUCAGAAGAUUUUGGAUGAAGCGAUGGCGGGAGAUAAUGUGGGAUUGUUGUUGAGAGGUAUUCAGAAGAUUGAUAUUCAGAGAGGGAUGGUGUUGGCGAAGCCCGGAACAAUUACUCCGCACACAAAGUUUGAAGCUUUGGUGUAUGUGUUGAAGAAGGAAGAGGGAGGAAGGCAUUCCCCGUUCUUUGCGGGUUAUAGGCCUCAAUUUUACAUGAGGACAACUGAUGUGACUGGAAAGGUUACUGUGAUUAUGAGUGACAAAGGAGAGGAAUCUAAGAUGGUCAUGCCUGGCGAUCGUGUAAACAUGGUGGUUGAGCUUAUCAUGCCGGUUGCAUGUGAGCAAGGGAUGAGGUUUGCUAUCAGGGAAGGAGGAAAGACUGUUGGAGCUGGUGUUAUUCAGAAAAUCUUAGAAUGAUGAACUUGCAGCUGAGCAUCUCUUUUCACAUGAUCGGCACUUUCCAUUGAAGUUACUUAAUCCAUUGUCAUAUAUGCAACUUCUUGGUUACUUUUAUUAUGUCUUAGAAUCUUACUUUAGUAGAAGUAUCCUGUUUUAAACACCAAAUUCUACUGAACUUUUGGGAUUUUUCCUCAGUCUCCUCUUUCAUUUUUCCUUUGCUUGAAAGGAAUGAGAACAUUUGAUUUCA